UAUUUUUUUUAUUUUAAACAGGUAUUUCGAGGCAUUGCUCAUUGUUGCUGGAGAUUACAGUCUAGUCAAGCUGCUGAAGCAUCACAUCAAAUUAAAUCUGGUGGAACUGGCUUUAGUUUUGAGCUCAGUGAUGAACAGAAAGAGUUUCAAGCUACUGCUCGUAAAUUUGCUAGAGAGGAAAUCAUACCUGUUGCUGCACAGUAUGACAGAUCUGGAGAGUAUCCUGUUCCCCUUAUAAAACGGGCAUGGGAACUUGGUCUGAUGAAUUCACACAUACCAGAAAGUUGUGGUGGACUUGGCCUUGGCUCUUUUGAAGCUUGCCUUAUUACAGAAGAAUUAGCUUAUGGAUGUACAGGGGUCCAAACCGCUAUUGAAGCAAAUUCCUUGGGACAAAUGCCAGUCAUCAUUGCAGGAAAUGAACAACAGCAGAAGAAAUAUUUGGGGAGAAUGACAGAGGAACCAUUGAUGUGUGCCUACUGCGUAACAGAACCUGGAGCAGGCUCUGAUGUGGCUGGUAUAAAAACGAGAGCUGAGAAGAAAGGAGAUGAAUAUAUCAUUAAUGGUCAAAAGAUGUGGAUCACCAAUGGUGGCAAAGCUAACUGGUAUUUUUUAUUAGCUCGUUCCAAUCCUGACCCAAAAGCCCCUGCAGGCAAAGCCUUUACUGGAUUUAUUGUGGAAGCAGACAGCCCUGGAAUUCAUAUCGGAAGAAAGGAAAUUAAUAUGGGUCAGCGCUGCUCAGAUACAAGAGGUAUUGUCUUUGAGGAUGUGAGAGUACCCAAAGAAAAUGUUCUCAGUGCUGAGGGAGUUGGCUUUAAAAUUGCUAUGGGAGCUUUUGAUAAAACCAGACCACCAGUAGCAGCAGGUGCUGUUGGGCUAGCACAGAGAGCAUUGGAUGAAGCUACUAGGUAUGCUUUGGAGAGAAAAACCUUUGGAAGACCAAUUGUAGAACACCAAGCCGUGUCCUUCAUGCUGGCUGAAAUGGCAAUGAAAGUGGAACUAGCUAGACUGGCCUACCAAAGGGCUGCUUGGGAGGUUGAUGUUGGUCGCAGAAAUACAUACUUUGCAUCCAUCGCAAAGGCAUUUGCCGGUGACAUUGCAAACCAACUAGCUUCAGAUGCAGUCCAGAUUUUUGGAGGAAAUGGGUUUAAUACUGAAUAUCCUGUAGAAAAACUAAUGAGAGAUGCCAAAAUCUAUCAGAUCUAUGAAGGAACAGCUCAGAUCCAAAGGCUGAUCAUAGCACGCGAACAUGUUGGCAAGUUUAAAAGUUAAGGAAAUUUCUAAAAAUGAUAUCAAGCAUUGAUGUUGGCAGUCAAUGACCUUAUAAAGAAAAAGAAGGCUGUAAUCUUUUUUCUUAAAUGCAGUUUAAAAAACUAUAUUCACACACUUCUGUAUUAUGUCUUUCAUAAACACUACGUUUAUGCUUUUUCUCCUCUGUCCAAAUACAAAUUUGAUAUUUUCUAAAACAUAUCGUUGGACUCCAAUAUGGUAUUGAGUUGUUUUUUUAAUAGUACAUUUUUCUCUUCAAAGAUCUUCAGCAUCAAAAUAAAACUGGUCAAUCAUUUUAACUUUUAAGCAUGUAAAUGUCAUAAAACCUCAGGGAUUGCCUUAUUGUUUGUGAUGAUAUGAUCCAUAUCAAGACAAAUAUGCCGAAAACUUUCUUGGAUACUAGUAAUCUUUCUAACUUUAUAAGAGUCCAAACUUAUCCACAUUGGAAUACAUUGUAGUCUCAUCAUUGAAUUCAAAAGGAGCAGAUCUGGGUCCUAAGCAAAGACAAAAUAUCAAAGCCUUUAAUAAAAAAGCUAUUACUCUGUUUCCUUAGCAUGGUCUGCUGCAUAUUUUAUGAGGACUGGAAAUUGUCUCUACAUGUAUGAACAAAAUCUAUAUUUGUAUACAACAUAGCAUAACAUGAAAUUUGGUUUAAUUGUGUAUUGCGUUUAAUCUUAUUAACCUGAAAUCAAAACUACCAUACUGUGUACAUUUUUAAAAGAAAAUACCCAUUUUCUUCUCCCUCUCCUUCCUGAAAUAAAACUAUGGACAAGUGCUGUGAACAA